UCCACCACGCGAAAGGCCGUCUGCAUUCCCCCUCACAUCUCAUCCCUGUCCCUCUCUCCACGAGGCGAAGGAUUCGAUUCAGCAGGGGCUCCCUCCGCCUCCAGACCCGCCGAUCUCGCGAGGCGCCGCCGCGGGGAGGUGAGACUCCGCCCCGAUUCGUCCUCUCCGCCGGGGUACGUCAGCCCUAGAGAGGAGAACAAUUCUGGUCUUGCGAGUAGGGCACCAGACUGAAGGAUCAAUUUGUUAGCCUAAUCAGAGCUUUGCGUGUGCUUGUAGAUGGAGAGGAUAACCACCAACCCGUUCUACAGUCCUGGAAUCCCGGUAACUGUGCCAGCACCUCUGCCUUCUAUACCAGCCUCUCUGGAUGAAAGCUUCCCGAGGCAUCCAGAUGUGCAGAAUGUUCUGAUGGAGAGAGAACUGAGAAGAACCCCUCUACCACCUCAUCAAAGUACUGUUGCUCCUAUUUCUGGGCAGUUUCACCCCAGUGCUGGAUCUGUUGGGCCUUUGUGUUCACCCCAGGAUGUAAGGUUCUCUUCAGUUUUAAUCCCUGAGCAAUAUACCAGUGCCAAUCCUUAUAAUCCUCAAACACAAAGUACUGGAAGUUCUUCAGCUCUGAUCUAUGGAUCACAACAUGGAGGCUUUGAACCUACUUUUACUGACUUUCCAAGAGAUGUUGAACCAGCAUGGUGCCCUGAUCCAGUUGAAAGCAUGCUUGGAUACUCGGAUGAUGUCUCUGGUGGAAACAGUUUGAAUGGCAUGAGUCCUAUUGCAGCUACAGAUGAGCUCGCUAAGCAAACUGAAUGGUGGACGGAUUUUAUGAAUGACGAUUGGAAGGACAUUGUUGACAACCCGAGUGGUGCUAAAAGUCAACCACAGGGUGGACCACCUGUGCAAUCAUCAACUUCAGUUCACCAAUCAGCUACAGAACAAAUAGUCACAACUCAAUCUGUAGAACCAUGUGCAGUUGCUGCACCCUCACCGUCUGCCAGCUCCAAUACCUCCAAAACACGCAUGAGGUGGACUCCUGAACUCCAUGAGCGUUUUGUGGAUGCUGUCAAUCUACUUGGUGGCAGUGAAAAAGCUACUCCAAAGGGAGUACUGAAGCUAAUGAAGGCAGAUAAUUUGACCAUUUAUCAUGUAAAAAGCCAUCUUCAGAAAUACAGAACUGCUCGAUACAGACCAGAAUUAUCUGAAGGUUCAUCAGAAAGGUUGGACGCCUCAAAAGAGGAGUUGCCAUCUAUAGAUCUUAAAGGGAAUUUUGAUCUCACUGAAGCAUUACGUCUCCAGUUAGAACUUCAAAAGCGGCUCCAUGAACAGCUUGAGGUCCAAAGAAGUUUGCAGCUGAGAAUUGAGGAGCAAGGGAAGUGCCUCCAGAUUAUGAUCGAGCAGCAAUGCGUACCUGGUACGGAUAAGGUGCGGGAUGCUUCGACCUCAGCAGAAGGGUCAAAGUUAUUUUCUGACCCUCCAGAAUCUUCUACUUUGAAGGAUAUUCCAAACAACAGCCAAAAUGGAACUACCAAGCAAGCAGAAUCAGGUGACAACGAAUGAAGAUCUAAAGAUGUUCUCCUUGAUAUAUGAACCUCAUUGGCCAUGAAGUUGACUUGAUUAUCUUAGUUUUUGCUGCAAAACUGAAAUCAGGUCUUCUUUGCCCUUGCCGAAGAAACGGAUGAGCAUUUCUAUGAACUAGAUUUAGUUGUACAGCACCUGCAUUCACGGCAGUGAUAAUUCCGUGCCAUGUGGAUGAUCUAGGUUUCCAGAAGGCUGCGCAAGCAAAUUUUCACUGAUGUACUGUUUUCAGGGAGUUUGCAUUUUUGUUUUCUUCGUUGUUAGGAACCUAAUAGCAUCGGUUAGGUAUUUGAUUAUCAUCAACUAAUGCAAUUAUUUGUUAUAUUCUCUUGCACCUCGUGUGUUUGGACUUUCGGUGAAGACCUAGUGUCCUCAGCGGAGCAAAUCUUGUUCUAAAAGAGCGAUGCAUGCAGCACUCACCUAGCCACCGGUAAAGACCACCUGAGCUGCUGGCAUGUCCACCUUGGCGCAUCGACAACAAGACUUGCCCCGCUCCUCCACUGCGUUGUGCUUCUGUAAUUCGUCAUGCCACCUUUUGCGGCCCCAAAAAGAGCAAUAAAAUUCUAACUUCAUUGUUGCAAGUAGAGGUGUGAAACAGACUGAGAGAAAGCAAAUGAAUGAACUUGUGUGUCUUCUGUACUGAUGAACAAGUGUAUAUAUAGUGUUAUAAAGGCUGUCGGUUGCAAGGGUUGUCA